AUGGCUUCUCUUUCUGGGUUUCCUGCAUCUUUGAAUGCAACAAUUGUAAUAAAAGAAGGUGUAUAUGCUCCAGCAAUAGCUACUGUAUGUGCACUCAUAGUUUUCUUGUGGGUUUUGCACAGGAAGAAUACAUUGGGACUCAGAUUGCCCCCGGGCCCGUUUGCAUGGCCCAUUAUUGGAAAUCUGAACCAGCUGCGGAAGCUUCCUCAUCGUGAUCUUCAUGAACUUGCUAAGAAAUAUGGGCCCAUUAUGAUGUUGAAAUUGGGUUCUGUUCGCACUGUUGUGGUUUCUUCUUCUGCCAUGGGCAAGGAGUUCUUGAAAACGCAUGAUAUGGUUUUUGCCAGCCGACCUUCUUCUGCUGUGGGAAAAUACAUCGGCUAUAAUAACAAGGAUCUGAUAUUUGCACCUUACGGGGCUUAUUGGAGACAUAUGAGAAAGCUGUGUGUGGUAGAAUUGCUGAAUAGCAAAAUGAUCGAUUCCUUCAGAUGUGUACGAGAGAAAGAAAUGCUUGCCCUUGUUCGUUUAGUGUGGGUGAUGUCUGGGCAGGGUAGGAAGCCUGUUAAUCUGACCAGCUUGGUUUCAUCGUUUGGGCAGGCUGUUAUGUGGCGAAUUCUUUCUGGUACGAAAGUUUCUAUUCAUGGUAAUGCUCAUCUGGGUGGUCAUGGCGAAGAGAUAAAGAAGAUGGUAUCAGAGACGAUUGCUACAAUAGGAGCUGUCAAUAUCGGGGACCUUAUUCCUUACUUGGACUGGUUGGACUUGCAAGGAGUGAAGCAACGCAUGAAAAAGGUACACAGUUCCUUGGACCAAGUGAUAAGUAAAAUAAUAGAGGAGCACCAGCAGCGCAGGAGGGAGUUCCACAAGGAGGAUGAGUUGCAGUCUGAGACUAAGGACAUCAUUGACGUGCUCUUGGAAAUGGAGAAUCUCGAUGGAAGGGAAAUCACAGAAGAAAACAUUAAAGCAAUUGUUUUUGAUAUGUUCUUGGCUGGAGUUGAAACGACGUCUACUGCGUCAGAUUGGGCAAUGAGUUUGAUUCUUAAGAACCCCGGUGUGGCCAAGAAAAUUCAAGAGGAAAUUGAUUCAGUGGUAGGCAGAGAGAGGAGUGUAAGUGAGGAUGAUCUAGCAAGCAUGGAGUACGUGCAGUGUGUGGCGAAGGAGACGUUGAGGUUAUAUCCAGUAGCACCGUUGAUGGUUCCACACGAAUCCACACAAGAUUGUAUAGUUGGUGGAUACUUUAUUCCUGAGAGAAGCAGGCUUAUUGUCAAUGCUUGGGCUAUUGGAAGAGAUCCAUCCCUGUGGAAAGAUCCCCUGGAAUUCAAGCCGGAGAGAUUUAUGGGUAAGAAUGUUGAUAUUGUGAGAGACAAAGACUUUUUUGAUAUGGUGCCGUUUGGAGCAGGAAGGAGAGGAUGCCCAGGGGCCAGCCAUGGCCAUUGUGACCAUGAACCUUCUUCUAGCACAGCUAAUUCACUGUUUUGAGUGGAGCGUGGAAGGGGAUUUGGAUAUGACGGAAGUCUUUGGAGCCACUACGCCCAGAAGUGUGGACCUUCUCGCUCGUCCUACACUUAGGCUAUCCACCUGCCCUUGAAUUUAACACUAUAUUUCCUAUUUCCUUGUGCAACGUGAUCCAACUUUUUAUGUUUUUUAUAUAGGUAAGCUCCAAACUCCCGUGUCCUUUAGUUACCUACUCCAUGAUUGAUAUUACUAUUAGUAAUUAUGUUAGUUUCCUAAUGUUUUUGGUGAUCGACUUUUAAUAGUUUGUGUAAGCUCCUCAUCUUCCACUUAAAAUGUAAAAGAAUAUUGUACGUGUUCUAUGUUUUCAUAUAUGUGAGAUUUCAUUUCUAUA